AAUUUACCUCCAGUAACCUAUUAGUAAGUGGCGCUACUAUCGACUUGCUUGAAAUUGUGGACUCCAUCUUCCUUUCGGCGACACUUACACGCAACACAAGAGAAAACAUAUGUCAUUAAAUAUGGCAGCAAUGUUCUGGAAUCGAUUAGGGCAAUUUGGCCUUGGUUUGACUGCGACUGGUCUUCUUGUUAAUAAUGCUUUAUACAAUGUUGAUGGUGGUCAUAGAGCUGUUAUUUUUGAUAGAUUUACUGGAAUAAAAAAUCAGGUUGUUGGGGAAGGAACACAUUUCAUAAUUCCUUGGGUUCAGAAACCUAUCAUAUUCGAUAUUCGAUCAAUGCCAAGAAAUAUUCCUGUAGUUACUGGAAGUAAAGAUUUGCAAAAUGUAAACAUCACUCUACGUAUUCUCUUCAGACCUAUACCAGACUCUUUGCCAAAAAUCUAUACUGUUCUUGGUAUAGAUUAUGCUGAGAGAGUAUUGCCGUCUAUUACGAAUGAAGUAUUAAAAGCAGUAGUUGCUCAAUUUGAUGCCGGAGAAUUAAUCACGCAAAGAGAGAUUGUUUCUCAAAAAGUUAGAGAAGAUUUAACAGAAAGAGCUACGCAGUUUGGAUUAAUUUUAGAUGAUAUUUCCAUUACACAUUUAACGUUUGGAAAAGAAUUUACUCAGGCUGUAGAAAUGAAGCAAGUAGCACAGCAAGAAGCAGAAAAAGCUCGUUUCUUAGUAGAAAAGGCGGAACAACAUAAGAAGGCUGCUAUAAUUAGUGCAGAAGGUGACGCUCAAGCUGCUAGUUUGAUUGCAAAAUCUCUUGGUGAGGCAGGCGAUGGUUUAGUUGAACUAAGAAGAAUUGAAGCUGCAGAAGAUAUAGCCCAUAAUCUGUCUAGAUCUCGUCAAGUGGCUUAUUUGCCACAAGGUCAAAAUGUCUUAUUAAACUUACCACAGUGAAAACAUAAACUCGAAUAAAAAUUACAUAUAUAAGUUGUGCAUUUGUAUUGGAAUGUAUGAAUUUAAUGCAUCAAUGGUAUAGAGAGUUUCUAAUAUGUAUAACGGGAAUGCAUGUUCCUACACAGAUAAAUGGAAACAAUUUUUUGAGAAUUUUAGUUUCUAAAGCUUGUAAUUCUAUACAUCUAUUUUUUUUCAGUUACAUAAUGAUUAUUUGACAAACUGAAAGCAUUUGUUGUUUCUAACUAUAGGUCAGUUUGUUUUACAGAACAGGAAAGCGUGUGUUUUCAAUAUCCCAAUGUUAAAUUUAAAAAUACUAUAUCUAAUAUCCUUGGAUUGAAAUUUUUUAAUAUUUGUGAGGCUAUUUUUUUUCAGGUUUAUUGAGUUGUCAAUAAUUGGCUUUCUAUCUCAAUGUGAGCAUUUAUGAAAGUUAACAAACAAUGAUAGAGAUAUAUUUAUUUCAUCGUCAAGUAAUGAAAAUCGUAUUUUUACAGGAAUCAUAUAACUUUUAGUAUAUUUCGUGCUAUAAAGAUUUGGGAGAACUGAACGUAUCUGUUAGAUAUAUAUAUAUAUAGUAUAUUUGUGAAUAGUUGUAAAUUAGUAAAUACCCUGUAAAAGACUUAUGUAUCAAUUCAAAUUUUAUUUUUCAGAGUA